UGCUUCGCUCAUUCACUUUCUCCCCGCCAGCUUCGCAAAUGGCUCGCAGCGGCGCAAUGACAGAAGCGACGCUGGGUUCCCUGAUGUGCCUCAUGUCGCUGCUCCUUUCUGCGCACGGGGUCCCGCGGUCCUCCGGCCGUGAGUCAGCUGUCAAGGUGCGCCUUGCGGGCUUCGCUCCCUCACAGAGGGAGGGUCGUCUUGAAGUCCUCCACAAUAACACCUGGGGUACUGUCUGCGACGACGAAAUUGACAUUAAUCUAGCCAACGUUGUCUGUCGAGAGCUGGGCUUCCAGAGCGGCAUCACCUGGGCUCACAGCGCCAAGUACGGAGAAGGAGAAGGUCCAAUCUGGAUGGACAACGUGCGCUGUUCUGGCACCGAGACGUCACUGACGAAAUGCCGCUCCAAUGGCUGGGGCAUUCACGACUGCACGCAUGCGGAGGAUCUGGGCGUAGUGUGUUCUGAAGAGCGGAGGGCGGAGGGGCCGCGCCCGGGCGACUUGACCAUACAGCGGGGCCACCAGGUCUCCCAGCGGGGCAACGUAAGCGUGGCGCGCUACUGGAACAACGACAUGCUGGGCCAGAGGCACCAGGACCCGGGCCACCUGGGCAACAGUGUGGCAGACAGCCAGGACCGGCACUACAGACCUGCACCCUACAGCAGCCCUCUGGGCCCGGCCUUCGACAGGGUGCGAAUCGAAGAAGUCCGUCUGCGGCCCAUCCUGACCUCCACCAAGAACCGGGCGCUGGUGACCGAAGGCGUGCUGGAGGUGAAGCAUGCUAGGAGGUGGAGGCAGGUGUGCGACUUGGGCUGGAACCUUAACAGCAGCAGAGUGGUGUGUGGCAUGCUGGGAUUCCCCGUGGCCACACAACACAACACCAAGGUGUACAAAAAAAUAUGGGAUUUAAAGAUUGCCGACUCAUCCUCCAGGCUGGGCAUCUUGGCCAGAAAGAAGGGCUUCUGGGUGGAGAAGGUACACUGCCUGGGCACUGAGAGCAGCCUGUCCCAGUGCCGCGCCCAGCUGUCCAUCCCACGCAGCCCCGCCCCUUGCCCCGGGGGCCGCCACGCCAUUGUGCAGUGUGUCCCUGGGCCCCAGUUUGUGCGUAUUUCAUCCGGCCGGCCUCAGGCUCCACACCCCAAGGAGCCAAUCGUGCGACUGAAGGCGGGGCCCCGCCUGGGUGAAGGUCGAGUGGAGGUGCUGAAGGAGGGGAAAUGGGGGACAGUGUGUGACCACCUGUGGGACCUGACGGCAGCCAGCGUGGUGUGCAGGGAGCUGGGCUUCGGGACGGCCCGUGAGGCCCUCCGGGGGGCGCGCAUGGGCCAAGGCACUGGACCCAUCCACAUGAACUCAGUGCAGUGCUCUGGCGCUGAGGGCUCCAUUAGACUCUGCCAUUUCCAGGAGGUGCCCCCCCGGACCUGCAAGCACAGCCAGGACGCUUCCGUCCGCUGCAACGUGCCAAAGACUGGGCUGGAAAAAACGGUGAGGCUGGCAGGAGGCCGGGUGGAAGGUGAGGGCCGCGUGGAGGUGCUGAUGUCCGCGGGCGGCCGCAAGCGCUGGGGGGCUGUGUGCAGCGAGAACUGGGGCAUCAAUGAGGCCAUGGUGGUGUGCCGGCAGCUGGGAUACGGGUUUGCCUCCCAGGCCCACGAGGAGACCUGGUACUGGCCCGGCGAUCCUGGUGCCAGCGAGGUGCUGCUGAGCGGGACCCACUGUGUGGGAACGGAGCUGUCCAUCCAGCACUGCCGGCGGAACCCGCAUGUGCACUGCCCUCGGGGGGGCGGGGUCAAGGCCGCCGGUGUCAGCUGCACCGAGACUGCACCGGACCUGGUACUGGACACCCAGUUGGUCCAGGAGACGGCCUAUCUGGAGGAUCGGCCUCUGCACCUGCUCACCUGCGCCAACGAGGAGAACUGUCUGUCGUCGUCAGCGAGCCGCAUGCGCUGGCCCUAUGGCCACCGCCGCCUGCUGCGCUUCUCCUCCCGCAUCCUCAACCUGGGCCUAGCUGAUUUCCGCCCGCGGGCCUCCCGCGAGUCCUGGGUGUGGCACCAAUGCCACAGGCACUACCACAGCAUCGAGGUGUUCACCCACUACGACCUGCUGACUCUGAAUGGGACCAGAGUGGCAGAGGGUCACAAGGCCAGCUUCUGCCUGGAGGACACUUUCUGUCCCGACGGAUUGCAGAAACGCUACGCAUGCUACGGUAUGGGGGAACAGGGCAUCUCUGUGGGCUGUUGGGAUACCUACCGGCACGACAUUGACUGCCAGUGGGUCGACAUCACCGACGUCAGGCCCGGGGACUACAUCUUCCAGGUGGAAGUGAACCCCUCCCUGGACAUGGCCGAGUCGGACUUCAUGAACAACGUGAUACGCUGCCGCUGCAGAUACAGCGGGAACAAAGUGUACAUGUACGGCUGCCAUGCAGGUGAUGCGUACAGUGCAGAGAUCGAGGACCUGUUUGAGCACCAGCAGCAGAUCUCCAACAACCUAAUCUAAGCUGAUAGAGCGGCGGUGCCGAGGCCAGGAGGGGACGGGGG